AUAACAAUGCAAGAGGCCAAUAAUGACUAGCCCGAGACGAUCUAAAAAGAGUGGCCAGUGUGUUUUACAACACUUAGACUGGGAUUCUCCAUCUGCCGCAACCGGAACUGUCAAGAGAAGAUCUUCUUGUCCGGAAAAUUCAUCGAAGAAAACCACAAAAAAGGACGAAGGCAUAUUUGAAGUUCAAACACCGUCGGACUCAGGAAGUGGCACAUCCAGAAGUUUCGAUGAAAAUGAUAAGUCUGAUUCCCUCAUAGAAGUAGAAGAAAGAAUAUCUUGUAUUAUAAAUGAAAAUAGAUCAUCCCAAAGUAAUUCUGAAGCAAGUGAUGUGGACAUCAUCAUCGAUAGUAUUUUGGAAAAUCCAAUUAACGAGGAAAUAUUGGCUCAUAAUGAGUUAUUUGGUGGUAAUCGAAGUAAAACUUUUAUCAAAUCGCCUAAUCCUUUAUUAGAUAGGAAAAAUGUACAUGCUGAAGAUGUAACUAAAAAUGCAAAAGAAAAAAGACUAAGCACACCAGUGCCCAUUAAAAAGCUCAAUAAGUCUUUUGACUUUUCAAAGACCAACAAAACCUCAAAAGUAGAUAAAUUACAUGAUAAAUCUAGCGUUCUUCCUGUUUAUAAAAGCACAGUACAUGAAUGCGCCAUAGACUUAAGUGGCAAUAGCCAAAAGAAAAAGAACUCAAAAUUAAAAUUACCGUUUUCUCCUGCAAAGGCCAUGGAUAAACCAAAGACAUUUUUUCAAAGUAAAAAUAGUUCACAAGAAUGCAAACCAUCACCUUUAUUGUCAUCUCCAGUUAGAAGAACUAUUUCUAAUGAGUAUGUGCGUUUAAAAUUUACAAACGACACAGUUAUAAGGCGAACUAUCGAUGGGAAAUCUGUACAAAAGAUAACUCCUAAGAUACAAUCAAUAAUACCUGAAAGUCCAAUAGACAAUGAAGACCCGUUUCUUAAUCUAAGUCCAAACAAAAAAUAUACUGUAACCGUUAAUAAUAAAGUGAGAUGCGAUAAAGAUAAUUAUGUUAUAUUCGAUCCAAAGACUGGAUUUAAGUCCGAUGAAGCAUCUAAACAAUCGCGAAUUCAUUCCAAAUCUGGCGAAAAAUCGAAAAUUCCUCAGAAAUCACCAGUCGGUGAAAAGUCUUUAGUUACAAAAAAACCUGUGAGUGUUAGUGACACAGAUAGUGGAAUUUUGUCCCCCAACUCUCCAGGUGAAACUAGUGGAAAAGUGUCUACAUAUUACGUGAAUGCUGCUGUGUUUAGUGAAACAGCAAAAAAAUGCGCAUCGGAUUUGGACAUCAAAAUCGUCGAUCCAGCGAUUGCGAAGAAGGCUACCGAACAAAUAAAGAUCUAUACAGACUGGGCCAACCAUUACUUGGAGCGGGCGCGCUCGCGUCGUCGGGCGGGCACGUCGGGUGGAGGCCUAGCCAGGGACUGCGCAGAUGGCCUGCUGUUGGCCGAUGUGCUGGAGGGUGUCACAGGGCAGAAGGUUCCGAGAGCUCAUAGAAAACCACGAAAUCCACAACAAAUGUUGGAGAACGUCCAGUGUUGUUUGGACUUCCUACACGCGCAAAAAGUGCAAGGAUUGGAACAAGUGACAGCGGUUGAUAUUCGGGACGCGAAACUCAAAGCGGUCUUGGCGCUCUUUUUUGCACUGAGCCGCCAUAAACAAGCGUCGAAACAGCGAACAGUGUCAUCUAGCGGCAAUGCUUCGAACACGGGGAAGAGUGCAAACGAAGAGGCGUCUUUGAGCUCCGUCCAGCGGAUAACAGGUGGCAGCAGUGAUGAAAUACUGACAGCUUGCGGAAACAACGUUGAAAUGACAACUUUAACAGCAAAUAGGCAGGUGUCAGUGCUGCAGACAUCGAUACCUCUGCCGGCGUCAGCCGCGGCGGUGCGGAGAGCGCCACCGGACAAGCGACCGCUACCCGCUACCCCAGUGCAUGGAGGCAAGAGCGGUCUGUCAGCAAGUUCUAGUCGAUCAACAAGUCCACUUGGUCAAGGUGCUGUCAGUUUUAUACCACGAGCGCCAAACUCGUCAUCAGGAUCUCGACCUAACUCAUCGUUGCUUGCACCCGGCAGUAAAAUACCUUCCACCUUAGCCCAACCUCAACAACAUACUCAAAACACAAACAGUCAGAAUGGAACACCAACGAAACAGUCCAUGCUAGAUAAAUUAAAACUUUUUAAUAAAGAUAAAAUUAGUAAUGAGAAGCAAAAUAGCAAAAGUACUGCAGUAUCAAAACGCACUAGUUCCUCGAGUGGUUUCUCUUCUGCUAAAAGUGAAAGAUCUGAUUCUAGCUUAAGCCUAAAUGAAUCUGCAAAUGCCACGAAUACGCAUAUCAAAUCAUCUAAUCUAAUAGGACCUAAAAGUAUAAGACAGCAGAAUGAUACCUUAUCUAAAGAUAAAUCAAGUAAAAAUGUUAAAAAAUUAGUUAGUUCAAAAGUAGUUAAAGAAUGCUCUUCAAACUUAAGUAAAUCAAAUGUUAAGUCAAAUAGCAAUGAAAAAUCAAGAAAUAGUCCCAAACUACCAGCCCGAGAUACUAAACUAUCGGCACCUAAAACUGCUAGUAACACAAAAUUAAAUCAAUUCGAUGAUCAUUGUAGAAGUUCUAAAUCAAAAAUUGAGUCAAAAAUGGUAAAAGUGUCUGGAAGUCAAAUGAAGCUUAACGAUCAACGAACAGAAAAUAGUAUGGACUUUAAGACCUAUGAAAAUACGAAAAAUCAAUCCAAUCAAUCGCAGUCUCCUUCGCCGUCAAGUGGACCAACUUUACCAUUACAAAAUCAGACUGGAAUUCCUAAACCAACUGCUGCAGUAAAAGGAACAUCGAAAAUAUCAAAAGAUGAAAGGCAUAACCUUAUACACAAAAGCACAAACAGUCAAUUAAGUCCAAUACAAAGUAAUUCUAGUUUAAAUUCUACAAACAAUGUAAGUGCUCUUCCGUUUUCUAGAGAACAGUCUAACUUGAGUAAAGAAGUGACACAGAAACAAACUCUAGCAGUUUCUCCGAUGCCUGUUUCUAACUCAGGUAAUCAAAACCCUACGUCUCAAAUGUCAGAAAGUUCCCAUUCAAAUUCCACUCACAGCACGACUGGACAGCAAUCAAACUCUAGUGACGGAAGUGUUAUAUACAGACCAUCUAGCGAAUCGGGUUCAGAAAUAUCUAAAAGUAGUAAUAUGGCCACUAAUAGAAGAUUAGAUAUGAAUACGACAUACAUUAAUGAUGUCAUAAAUGAAGCUGAAAUAUCAGAAAAAGAAGCAGCUCAGAAGAGACUGAUUGACAGACCCAGUCCUAGGCCAAUAUUUGAUCUGAAUAAAACGUUAACUGAAUAUGACAAAAGUGAUAGUCGCUCGAGUACUCCUACACACUGUCGAGAUAAUUCCCUAGGAGACGAUGAAAACCCAUUGAUGAAUGUAUUACCUAUGAGGCCUUUAUUGCGAGGAUAUAACAGUCAUUUAACUUUGCCAAUGCGAACUACUGGUUUAGCACAAAAAAACAUUCCUGGAUAUCCACAUCACGCAAAUACCGUUAAAGCAAAUUUCGGUCGGGAAAACAUGGGAUUGCGUGAGCGUAUGAAUUACGGUCCCGGUUUUUCUAACCCCGACUACUGUGACCUUGAAAUUGCCUCUGGCUAUAUGUCAGAUGGUGAUUGCCUGAGAAGGAUAAACGUAAACGAGAUGGAUUGUGGGCGAAAUAAUGAUAUGAUGGAUGGUUAUAUGUCAGAAGGUGGGGCUUCUCUGUAUGGACGAAGAAUAAACUAUCAGCAGCAGCCAUCGCAGUUCCAGCUGGACGAAAGACGCGGUGGCGUUCGCAGAGGUAUGGAAGGCGGUAGUGGUGUGGUUUACCGAGUGGUAGGCCGGAAUCGCAGUAAGGCGGAUUGUGGACAGCAAACCGAGAGGCAGCCACCGACCCCUAGGGAUACGACGUGGAAGAAGUACACUGAUUCGCCUGGUGUUGGAGCCCCUCCAUUGAACCAACCAGCACAAACCCCUCCCAGUCCUUCUCACGGGCGAAAGGGUGAGCGACGUACCGGUCACCACUCGCCGCAGCACCACAAAAGGGAGAAGCUCACAGCCGCUCAACAACUUGGCAUUGCGCCACAUCCUCAGUACCCUGCUCCUAAUUCAACUAGUCAGCAUUCUUCACGAAGUGGAGGCACUCAGCUGCAAUCUCCUAGCGGACCUUCGUCUCGUCCAUCAAGUGUGUCAAGCGGAGGGAACGGUAGUAGUUGUUCCUCAAGCAAGGCCAAAGUUCCUCAAAACUUUGGUUAUGUGAAGAGACAAAAUGGCUCCCAGCCGCCGCCGCCGCCGCCUCCUGCUAACGGUCCUCCUCAACAUGGCCAUGCCGGGAGAACAGCCCAGGUGUCAGCGGUGCCUCGAACGAAAGUCAAAGUAUCAGGUGGUACGCAGACUUGUACACAGGACCUCCAAAUACAUAAAAACGGCAUCGGACCAAAAUCUUAUUCUCUCGGUGGUACAGCGGCUGCCCAGCUGUCCGCGUCCGUGCGAGAGCGCCUGCUGGGCUCGCAGUCGCUACCCAAGCCUGGCACACACGAGUUCGCAGCCUUAUUCCAUCACCACAGGCCAGUCCCUCGAGGUGGGAUGAAGAUUAGUGACGGAAGUCUUUCAGAUACCCAAACAUACUCCGAGGUGAAAUCUGACUACGGAAUACCCUACGCACCAUGGCUGAGACAUAGCAACACGUACUCCGCAAGCGGCCGCCUGUCCGAAGGCGAAUCGAUGGAGUCUCUCACGUCGCUCCAUUCGGCGCAGGCGCACAACCACACAUCAUCUCCUAACUCUCACCAUCGCAGUUCACUCACACACAAUAAGCUCAUCAUGCACCGUGAUACACAGGGUUCCAGGCUCAACAGAAGCAACAGUAUUAGAUCUACGAAAUCCGAGAAGCUGUACCCGUCGAUGUUGCAGAGGUCUUCGGAGAGUGAUUAUGAACCGUACUAUUGUUUACCCGUGCAAUACGGACCAGGAGAACAAGGUCUGAACUACGGUGUCUCCGAACCACCUUCGCCAUCGCCGAGGUCAGCAUUAAGCCCUACGCAUCAACCAGGGAACGUCAUGCACACUCCACGACAUUCUCAUCACUAUCCCAAGAAAAACGAUGAAGCGCACGGUUCAACAGCUUCGUUGGUGUCAACGGCGUCGUCAUUAGCCGCCGGCGCUGGUAAUGAAGAAAGACAUGCGCACGAGGUAAGGAAUGAUCAGGUGCGAAAGCUGAGAAGGGAGCUGGCGGACGCUAAAGAUAAGGUGCAUACGCUGACAACGCAGCUUACUACCAAUGCACAUGUGGUGUCAGCCUUUGAGCAGAGUCUUUCCAACAUGACGCAAAGGCUGCAGCAGCUAACGGCAACAGCAGAACGGAAGGAUUCCGAGCUGACCGAUCUUCGUCAGACAAUCGAACUCCUUCGAAAGCAAUCGAUCCAGGCGGGCCUCACUACAGCUCACAUGCAGUCCAUGGGCAUCCGAGCCGAUGGUGUCAAUAUUACAGGACAGGAAUCAACUCCACGGCAAACACAGCAGUCUUCACCCCAGCGACUAGCGCAAGGCAAUGGUGCCAUCACGCGGCAUCUCUCCACUGACAGUGUCUCCAGUAUCAACAGUCUCAGCAGUGGUUCGUCCGUACCGCAUGAUAAGAAACACAAGAAGAAAGGCUGGUUGCGCUCAUCGUUCACAAAAGCUUUCUCGAGAAAUGCCAAGAUAUCUAAAACUGCGAAGCACUCCUCCCUCGGGCAACUGUCGUCGCAAGACAGCUCGUCUGGCUCGCACCACUACGACGACCCGCACACGAUCAGGGAAGGAAGCAACGAGAACAGUCUCGAACAUUCCCACGAAGCCCUCGACAACUCCAAAGAUAAAACGACGUGCCCUGCAGCUAACGCCGACGAACAAACCAAAGAAAAACCAGAUCAGUCCGGUUUAGUGGAUGAUUUGAAACGACAGUUACGUGAAAAGGAUUUGGUGCUAACGGAUAUAAGGCUCGAAGCCCUUAGUUCUGCACAUCAACUCGAAAGCCUUAAGGAUACCGUCAUAAAAAUGAGGAAUGAAAUGCUAAACUUGAAGCAAAACAAUGAGCGAUUGCAGCGGCUUGUGACGUCACGGUCACUUGCGGGUAGCCAGAGCUCUUUGGGAACUGGUGGCUCCGCGGUAGAGGACCCGAGACGAUUUAGCCUUGCUGACCAAAGCACUAUGCAUCAGGCGGCGCUAGACAUUCAUUCUCAACCUCUCGAUUUAGACUUUAACUGUAUGACAUCAACUCCGUCACGAGAUCAUUCCAAGAAAGGGUCUCCAAAAUCGAGUAUGGUGGAACCGAUUUACGGCAAUAAAGCCGUAUGCGAGCUCAACGAAAACAAUGAAGCCUUAUUGGGAGCUUUAAAUGGUGCGAGUGACAUAUUUACCAACGGUCUGAGCGCCGGAGACAGGAUAAGUGGCGAUUACGAUAUCAAUACAGUGCUACCGCCCCCUAAAAGCCGUGAGUUGGCGAUAGGGGAAAGCUAUUCAGAUAUCGGUGUCGCCGACAGUCAAGGAGAUACGACAGACGGAAAGAAAAUAGCGAUUGCAGUAUAUUUGGGUCAACCAGAAACAUUCCAAAGAUAUUUCGAAGAAGUGCAAGAUACGCUGACUGAGUCAGAGUGCAGGUUUUACGCGAAACAAACGGCUAGCUCGUAUAACAACCAUUUUGAUAAGCAGCCGAGCUUCGAUUCGCCGAGAGUGUCCCAGAACCAUAGUCCCGAAAUAGAAACCCAAGAUUAUCCCCAAUCUAUUAAUAAGUCAAACACGAAUAGCCUUAAAAGUAACAAAUCGACGCACAGUAAUUCUUAUAAGAAUGUGUACAAUAGUGAUUCGACAAUAAACUGUAAUGAGUUUACUAUAGCGUACACGUAUAUAUCUGGCAAGACUACUUGGCAGAAUUUAGACUAUAUAGUUAGGAAAACAUUCAAGGACUACCUAUCCAGGAUAGAUCCCGGAACGAAUCUCGGGUUGAAUACGGAUUCGAUAACGUCCUACCAUUUGGGAGAAGCGACCCGCGGUCCCGAAAUUUGUUUUCCCGAGUUAUUGCCCUGUGGAUAUAUUAUUGGGACCGUAAACACGUUGUACAUUUGUUUGCAAGGAGUGGGGAGCUUGGCAUUUGAUAGCCUCAUACCAAAAAAUAUUGUAUAUAGGUACGUUUCACUUUUGUCAGAACACCGGAGGGUAAUACUUUGUGGGCCGAGCGGUACUGGGAAAUCAUAUUUGGCGGCGAAGUUGGCGGAAUUUUAUGUGCAGAGGACGCAGCGAAGAGGAAAUCCAGUAGAAGCCGUGGCAACAUUCAAUGUGGACCGUAAAUCGUGUAACGAGCUGCGCGCGUACCUCGCCAACAUCGCGGAACAGUGCAGCGGAGCGGCGGCCGGCGAAGAAGCACUGCCUGCAGUGGUCGUACUGGACAACCUGCAACACGCAUCAGCGCUGGGCGAUGCCUUCGCUGGUCUCCUACCACCUGACACGAGAAACAUGCCUGUUAUUAUCGGCACAAUGUCGCAAGCUACGUGUAAUACAACAAACCUUCAGCUACACCACAACUUCAGGUGGCUCCUCACUGCAAACCACAUGGAACCCGUGAAAGGAUUCUUAGCAAGAUAUCUCCGUCGGAAGCUAUUCUCAUUGGAGCUGAGGCUGGGACGUCGUGAGCCAGCGUUGGCGGCAGUUCUGGAGUGGCUUCCGGGAGUGUGGUCAACCCUUAACGCCUUCUUAGAAGCUCACUCCUCGAGCGACGUCACCGUUGGGCCACGGCUAUUCCUCGCCUGCCCUAUGGAUUUAGAAGCUAGUCAGGCGUGGUUUGCUGACGUGUGGAACUACAGCAUCGUGCCGUACGCGUCGGAGGCGGUGCGUGAGGGCGUGGCGCUGUACGGGCGGCGGCGGCACGCGGCAGUCGACCCGCUGCAGCACGUCAAGUCCAGCUACCCGUGGAGAGAGCCCAAUCACUCCCAUACCUUGCGACCGAUUUCAGUCGAAGAUGCUGGCAUGGAGGAAGCUAAUCAAGACGCGAACACUAACAACAAUCAAGAUCCUUUGUUGAAUAUGCUGAUGCGACUUCAGGAAGCGGCGAACUACAGCGGCAACCAAAGCCAGGACUCCGACAAUGCUAGCAUGGACUCGAAUCUCACACACGAUAGCUCUAUGGGCAACGAGCUUUAACGCAAAACGUCCAGAUUAGAAAUCCAGCGUAAACUUAUACUCUGCAUUUUGUAGGCAAAAGACAAUAAAGUUACAUAAGACGGCUAAUGUUGUUAAAUGUCCUACAUUAUUAAUAAUACGAGUAUUAAAAUAUUUGUGACAUGUAUACAAUUAUACAAUACAAUAUACCCAAUUAGUUCCUUUAAUUUCUAAAAAAUAUAAAAAAUAUGAUUUAUAAGUUAUAUUAUAACAAAUCACUGCUAGUUCCGAGUCUUAUAAAUUGCAUAAAUACUUGUUUUGGACUUUAAAUAUACUUAGGUGGAUUUAAUACUGUCACAUGUUAACUAUAUUAUACAAAGCCAAAUAUUUGCCAUAUGUACAUUAUUUCUAUUUAUUUAUGAAAUUAGAAUGCUUUAGUUUACUUUUUAGGUGCUUUAUAUUCUUGUAAAUUGAUAUGAGUAUUAUAAAAAUUAUGAAUAAUUUCUUUUUCAUUAUGAAAGGAUUAGCUCUGCAUAUUUGUAAAUGACAGCAAAUAUCGUAAGCAAGAGUGCCAGCCUUUCCCUAUUUCAAAGUUUAAUAUGAAAUUUUUAACAUUCAUGUUAAAAACUUUAUUGAGAUGAUCUUAAAAACUUUCGAACAAAAUCUACUAGUGCCUGAACGAGGUAUUCCAUUAACGUGAAAUAUUUGAACGGUGUAGAACUGUUGAUGUUUAUAUAAACAUUGUGGCUUUUACUAUUGUUAUAUUUUUUCAAAGUUAGGAUAUGGACACGUUUGUAUUACUAUGAUAAUAUUGUAUGUAAUAUUAUGAAAGUGUAAUUUUUAUACCAUUUUCGUAUAAAACUCAUGUACCUAAUAAUAAUAAUAAGCUGUAAAUACAAAUAAAAAAUGUUUAUUGAGUAAUAUAAUUUUUUCUGAGACAACACUAACCGCCAUUAUGCCAUAUAAUUAAUUAUAUAGCGUUGAUUUUGUAUAGAAAUGUGUAACUAAAGGUUACGGUGUUCGGUAUUGUAUUUACUUGUGUGCAUAACAGAAACGUGAUAUCUACAAUCUAUGCUUUACAGAAAUUGUGAAAAUAAACAUUGAUUACAUUAAAUA